AUGGGCUGCUGCCUCCACCGCCUCUGCCUCGGCGGCACGCGUACCCUGCCGUUCGUCAGGCGGUUCAUGCCCAAGGAGGUGGAGGCCGCCACGCGCGGCUUCACCGCGGUGCUCGACGCCGCCGGCACGGCCUAUAGGGCGCGCUUCGUCGGCGGCCUUGUCGCCACCGUCGUCAGGCUCCGCCACGACGACGACCACCGCCAGGGAGAGGGAGGAGGGCCCACGGACGCCUUCUACCUGGAGCUGCAGCUGCUGGCCCGCCUCAACCACCGCCACGUCGUCAGGCUGCGUGGCUUCGCGCUAGCCCACCACGCAAGGUUCCUCGUCUUCGAUCAUAUGGAGAACAGGAGCCUCAAUGAAUGCCUCCACGUUAUUUGGAGCUUUACGAUGAAAUCAUCCUUUUGCAAGCAUGCAAUUGUCACACAGACGGACCCCAAAGAAUCCUCCUCGCUCUCCACCACGUGCGGCGUCGCCUCGCCCUCUUCCUCCCCACGCCGCCGCUACCCCACCCCCAACACCGCCAUGUUCUUCCCCGUGCCCCGCAGCCAGGUGCUGGUGUUUGUAUAUGUCAAGCAGUUUACGGACGAGAAACAAAGGAUUCUGUUUUAUGUGCCAGUUUCAGUUUUUGGUAACAGUCUACAGGACUUUUACACAUUCAAAGGUCCGCAACCGCUGGAGGUCAUAGUGCAAGAUGUCAAGGCCAAGAAGCACAACCAGGCGCUAUGA